CCGGACUAAAACAGGUGUGUACAAGUACCGUCUGGAAAUAGUUGCAGCGCAACAUUUGGGCUCAAUGCGAACAAAAAUGUUCGGUUUUGUACAGCUUGUGUCUAAUAUCUGAGCCAGUCCCCAUUGUAAACAGCAGACCCCUGUGAGCGUCUGCCCAUCUAUGUCUGUUCUUACAUCUGUGUGGGUGUGAGUCAUCUGUUGAUGACUGCACUUCUAUGGGAUUAGUGGCCACAUGACAACACUGGGCUGGCCGCCUGGCGAGCCUUUCAUUUGGCUUCACUGGCAGAGGAGCAGUGUGUCUGUCCAACAGUUUACUGAGAGCUGGAGAUUUGCACUCUUCAAUUUCUGUGGAUCUGUAAAUGAAGUCUCAACCAUACGGACUGGGAGCUCAGUGGAGAUGGCGCAGGACACCACCAGCUUAACUGAAGAGGACUUUUUUGAGGGGGCAUCAGCCUGCUGCUCAGCUUCGGAGGGUUUGACUCAGGGAGACAAAGAAUAUGAUGACAUUUUGGAGCUUAAUCAGUUUGAUGGACUGCCAUAUUCCUCCAGGUUUUACAACUUGCUCAGAGAAAGAAAAGAGCUGCCAGUGUGGAAGGCAAAAUCUGAAUUCAUGGACACUUUGGCCAAAGGACAGUUCGUUGUUGUCAGUGGCUCUGCUGAAACUGGGAGGAGUUCUCAAAUUCCUCAGUGGUGUGCUGAAUUCUGCCUGUCAGUCCAGUUCCAGCACGGCAUGGUGGUUUGUACCCAGAUUCACUCACAGCAGGCAGUGGAUCUGGCCUUAAGAGUGGCUGACGAGAUGGAUGUCAACAUCGGCCAUGAGGUCGGCUACAGCAUCCCUUUGGAAACAUGUUUUGCCAACGAUACAGUCCUCAGGUUCUGCACAGAUGACAUGCUCCUGAGAGAGAUGAUGUCAGACCCUUUGCUCGAGCGCUACGGUGUGGUGGUCGUGGACCAGGCUCACCAGAGGACUGUAGCCACAGAUGUUCUCCAGGGUCUGCUGAAAGACAUUGCCCUGCAGAGACCAGAGCUACGUGUGGUCCUCCUCACUGCUGCUGAACCCAGCCCCAAGCAGCUGAAACACUUCACCGGGUCUGCGGUUCCUCUGAUUCACCUGGAGAGCCCGGGUGCUGGUGAGGUGGUGUACAGCAGCACAGGUGACGGCUACUUCUGUGCCGCUCUUCGUCUGGUGCUUGAGAUCCACCAUUCUGGAGAAGAUGGGGAUGUGGUUGUGUUCCUGGUGACGGCACAGGAAAUAAAUUUGGCUCAUGACAUCCUGUGUCACGAGGGGCACGGAUUACCUGCUGUUCUGGGGGAGCUCCUGCCUGUUGCUCUGCAUCCUGGCCAGUCUGGGAGUCUACCGAUCCAAGGGGAGGAGGAUACCUGCCGUAGUCGUAGAGUAUUCCUCACAUCCAGCCCAAAUGAGGACUUUUUCUGGGCUGUUAACUCAAUAAGCUUUGUCAUAGAUGCAGGACUUGAGAAAAGAUAUGUUUACAACCCCAGGAUCAGGACAAACUCAGUCAUCAUUCAGCCGAUCAGCUCAGGUCAGGCUCAGAGCCGCAGACAGCUGGCAGGUCCUACAGGGAAGUGUUUUUGUCUUUACCCGGGGGACAGACAGCUUCCUGCUGAGAUCCGCCCUCAUAUUGUAGAGUCUGACAUCACAUCGACGGUGCUCUUCUUGAAGAGGAUGGAGAUCGCUGGACUGCGUCAGUGUGACUUCAUGGACAGACCAGAUCCCGAAGGUCUCAUGCAGGCGUUGGAGGAGCUGGACUACCUGGCAGCUCUGGAUAAUGAUGGAAAUCUGUCUGAGAUGGGCAUCAUCAUGUCAGAGUUCCCCCUGGAGCCUCAGAUGGCCAAAACUCUGCUCGCCUCCUGUGAGUUUGACUGUGUCAGCGAGGUGGUCAUCAUAGCCGCCAUGCUAACAGCACCAACUUGUUUCCUGGUUCCCUCUGUUGACCUGAAGCCAGAGGCAGCACAGUGCCAUAUGAAGUUCCAGCACCCAGAGGGCGACCACUUCACCCUGAUCAAUAUCUUCAAAGCCUUUAAACAUUGCCAGGAAGAUCCAUACUGUGAUGUGAAGAAGUGGUGUCAAGAUUUCUAUCUGAACCACUCGGCUUUGCUAAUGGCUGACGCUCUUCGCACUGAGCUCUCAGACACUCUGAAGAGGAUUGAGCUGCCUGUCUCAGUUCCUGCUUUUGGUUCACGCAGCAACACCCUCAACAUUAAGAGAGCUCUGCUGGCAGGUUUCUUCAUGCAGGUGGCUCGGGACGUUGAUGGAUCUGGGAAUUACUUUAUUUUAACCCAUAAGCACGUAGCAUCCAUCCAUCCUCUGUCAGGAUACGGAGCAAAGAGUCCUAAACUGGGCCUGCCGGAGUGGGUGCUGUUCCACGAGCACUCGUUCUCUGAGGACAACUGCCUCCGCACCGUAUCUCACAUCACAGCAAGCCAGUUCAUUGAGAUGGCACCACAGUAUUUUUUCUACAAUCUUCCAACUAGUGAGAGCAAAGACAUUCUCCAAAACAUUUUAACGCAUGGAGCAGCUCGGUACCAAGAGGAGGAACAUCCAACCUCUAAAGAAGAACCACGGGAGGAGCAGACAUACGACCGCUGUGUCAUUCAGUGACUGACUGAACCAUUGUUUCAGUGGUACUCAUGAAGCAAAAAUUCAAAAUAGCACAUAGUCUGGAUAGUUGCACAGCUUAUCCAUUUAUCCAUUCAUUUUUUAACCAGCUCGUCCCUUCCAUCUGUUGCCCAUUAUCCCUCAGUUUUAGUAUUACAACAUGUCUUGUGUUUAUAUUCGUUAAAAGUGCACUAUUGUAUAAAAAUAAACAGUUACUGUUGUUCUAAUGUUAA